CCCCCUGCCAGAUAGCGCUCUCCUUGGUGCUGAAGGCAGAAAAACACAUUUGAGCUCCAGUUACAGUACAGACAAAAUGAACACGGCACUCAAGAGCGGAAACAUAAAACCAGGGAAAGAGGCACGCGUGUGAGUGCGCAUAAACGUGCAGCUGAAGGCACUCAGUGAGGUGAAAUGGUGUGAAGAAGCGGGAAACGGGAGGAGAGGUUGAGAUUGAUGACGUCGUAACGGAAGGUGGCUACAGUAAGCCGUGGGCGUGUUCUUGUUUUGAUCUAUCACUGGGAAGCACGGUGUCAUCUGUUCCGGCACGGAUUUGAGAGUUCAGACCUGCGAGGACCAGCUGGAACGGUGGAGCACGGACGGGACUCUCGCACCCCUCGUCUCUCUGGAUGAGGAUUCCUCUCACCAUGUGUGACACUGCGGAAGAUGUUGUGCACAUGCGCGUCAGACCAAAGGAAUAGAUUUUAAAUCCAAAUUUUAAAGACUGUUGAGUGUCCAGGCUGGAAGCGCGAGCAACAUCGGAGGUGAGAGCGUGUGUCUGUGUCAUGCUCGCAGCAGCGGCGGCGGCGUUGGAGUUGGCGGGUGCGGUCUGCAGCUCCACUGCAUCUCGCCUCCUGCUCUAGCAUGUGCUGAUGUGCGGAGUGGUAAAACUGGCACCUGGCUCGAGGUUUGGCACCAUCGGAAAAGGAGGGCGCAGAUCUCCCCAUUUUCAUCUCGGGGGAGGGAGCGUUGGGCCUUGCACCCAAUGGCUCAGUUCCUCUUGAGCAGCAGCCUCAUCCCGGCUCGCAGGGACUCCAUCUAGCGAGCAGACCAAUUGGACCGUACAAUGGAUGGAUUUCUCUGUGGAUUUAAGGGCAAUAGUGCACCGGUGCCGCAGCAAAGGUCAAAGUGUGUCCUGGUGGAUGUGCCAGGUGAAGACAGAAGAUACAAACCAGCAGGGACACAGGGCCACUUGGAAUCAUUUGAAGAAUGAUGAGCUCCAAGGAGGAAGAAACUAUCCGCUUCUUCCAGUAUGUCGAGGAGAACGGAUUGAAAGCCUACAACGGGCUGCUGGCUCAGAACCUGGACCACGCCAGGAAUGAGAAGAAUAGGAUAUACCUGCAGGAGAAAAACGACAAGAAGAGAAAACAGGAGGAAGCCAUAAGGAGGACGGGGGAGGACAUAGCAACGGAAGGCAAGCACUUACGUAUGGGCUCCAUCAGCAUGCCAGACCCGCCGGAACGCAUGCCCAUGCCCCACCCGCACGCUUUGGCCUGUGGGCAGGGCUUCUCUGUGCGCUCCCAGUCCCUCCACUCCGUGGGUGGCAACAGUGGGGGCGCAGACGAAGAGGUGGGAAGCCCAACCUCCAGGAAGCAGCCCCCGCCCAAGCCCAGGAGGGACCCGGCCACCAAGCUGAGCAUGUCGUCCGAAGCGGUGGACCACAGCCCCGUGUCCGCCUGUCGUGGAGACAGAUGUGAUGCUCAAGGAUGCAGCGAGGAGUGCCGGCGCGUGCCACCGCCCAAACCCAAGAGGAACCCGAACACACAGCUGAGUGUUUCCUUCGACGAGUCCUACAUCAAAACUCACGGAGGCGGAGGAGUGUGCCCUGCGAAAGCGCUCCACCGCACCUGCUCCCCGUGCGAGCGCAACGCCUCUCCGCCGCAGAGCGACGACAGCCCGACCGACGACUGUGAGGACGAGCCCGUCUACAUCGAGAUGGGGGGGAUAGAUGUCGGGGCGCGAGAACUCUUGAAAAGUGAGGACGAGGAGCCGGGGGAGUCCGUGUAUGAGGAGAUGAAGUACCCUAUGCUGGAUGAUAUGGAGUAUCGUACUGACCCGGUGGGGUGUCGCUCCGCAUGUCCUACCCCAGCACCGUAUGACCCCGAGCCUCUCAGCCGAUGCUCCACUCCGAGAAACAUUCCUUUCUGUGACAUUCCUGCGCCGUUUCCCAAUUUACUGACGCACAGGCCUCCGCUGCUGGUGUUCCCCCCGGCGCCGGCCCAAUGCUCGCCCAACUCGGACGAGUCUCCCCUCACCCCGCUUGAUGUUACCAAAUUGCCAAUGCUGGAGAACCAAUCCUACAGCAAAUCCCCGACCUCCUCUGCCGAGCCACCCUCCUCCGCACACAUCCGUAGAGAGCUCACGGCCACCCCGACCCUCACCGUUUCCGGGCGCUCCUCCGCGCCUCCCCUGCCUUGUACUCUCUACAAAUCGUCCACCGCGUCGUCCUAUCAACGCAGCCACUCGGCGUGCCCGUCCCCAGUCAGUAUGGGUCGCUGCCUUACCCCGUUGAGCCUCAUGCGAACGCCGCCGUUUGAUGCUCCAGUGCCAUUUCCAGGAGGUCUGCCAAGGAGUGCCUCGGCCACCCCUCACGGCAAAGGGUCACCGCCCCAAGACGGUGUGGGACGACUCCACGGUUCCAUGCAGAAUGUGUCGACGGGGCGUUCGCGAACACCCACGAGCCCGCUGGAUGAAUUGACCAACCUGUUUACCACCGGCAGGAACAUGCUGAAGAAAAACGCCAGUGGGAGAAAAUCCAAAGAGCCCGGAGAGACUGAGUCAAAAAGUAAGUCCCACGGUGAGUCCAAACGUGACGGCAAGGAACGUCACAGCCACGGCAAGGAAUCCAAGCGAGACUCGAAGGAGCGCCACGGUAAAGACUCGUCUCAUCGCAGAGACAGAGACAAAGACAGAGAAAAAGACCGAGACAAAGACAAGGAGAGAUCCAGCAACGUGGAGUCAAUGUCUCACCGGCGCAACAGCAAAGAACGAAGCGGUAUGGACGCACCGCUCGUUCGCAGGGACAGCAGGGACGGCAGAGACCCAGGCUACAGCAGCGUGGAGCCCAUUCCAAUGAGGCGGGAUCCUAAAGAACGGAGCUGUAGUUCCGUGGAACCCAUUCCGCUGAUAAGAAGAGAUUCCAAAGAUAGAGGGAUCAGCAACGGAGACCUGAUGCCGAGACGAGACAGUAAGGACAGGGGUGUCGGACACGGAAUGGAGUCUUUGCUUAAACAGGAAAGCAAAGACAGAGAGAGACUCCUCGAUCCGGCGCCGGAAUUGUUACCGAGACAAGACAGCAAAGAGGCCGCGAGAAACGGUGUAGACUGCCGACACGACAACCGAGAGAGACUGCUGGAUCAGCCGCCGGAGAUCUUACCGCGACAGGAUAGCAGAGAGCGAGUUAGAAAUGGGUUGGACUCAAAGCACGACAGCAGGGACAAGCCACCCGAGCUUCUGCCCCGACAGGAGAGCAAAGACAGAUUUAGAACUGGUUCAGAAUACAGGCUUGAUAGCAAAGACUAUCGUCCUGAUUUACUACCCAGGCAGGACAGCAAAGAGAGGGCAAGGAACGACAUGGAGCACAAACAUGAGGGCAGAAUUGACCAGCCGCCUGAGAUCCUUCCCAGGCAAGAAACUCCCAGGAGCAGUAACAAUAAGGACAGGUCAGGAUAUGUUUCCGAAUCAAAGCAUGACGGGAGAGAGAGAAACCUCCACAAUGGAGGAGAGCUACCACCACCUCGACAGGACAGUAAAGAUCUCAGCCGAACUGGCCUCGAAGUCAGACGAGACAGCAAGGACAGAAGUCUGAACGGGUCGGAUCAGCAUCAGUAUGAUGGUAAAACCGCCAAGAGCCCCACCGUGAUGGAGUACAGGUACGACAGCAAAGAAAGGGCGUACAGAUCCGAUGGAACGCCACGACGAGAGAACAGGACAAAUCAGAGUACGGACCUGUCGAAAGCACAAGAGAGAAACGGGAGCGCGGUGUCGGGUCAGCAUUCAUCGACCACGACGCCGACUCACCACAGCAGAUCAGCUGGCAGCCCCCCGAUGACCGCGGCCACCGGAAAUGAUAUAAAAGCAGCACCGAAAUAUGCCCGCUCGCCUUCCAUGUCCGCUAACCCUUCCCCAAUCGGGACGCCGCAAAGGAGAGCAGCAGAGGCUCAUCAGAGCCAGAUGCCCCAGAUGCCAUGGAUAUGUGGAGACACCACAAUGCUGGAGCAGAUUGAAAGGAAGCGAACACUCUGCAAAGAAAUCCGCUCCAGACAACAUCCUCGAUUGCAGAAAUAUCUGGAGAGGCCUCCCCCAGACAGGAGCGAGGAAAGGCACCACGAGCGGAGUCAGUGCAAGCAAGAGAGCACCUCGGCCCUCCCGCCUUGUGGGAAGAGCAGCGGGGCCAAAAAGAUCCGUCCACCUCCUUAUCCGGCACAGACAACUGUGUUUUGGGACACCGCCAUCUGACUUGGUACAAACACACCUCCCAUCUGCCACACAACCCAGAAUGAUCCCCUUCCUCACCCCCUUGGGGACAUCGAGACAACCAACUCGAGCGCCGGAAGGACGAUGCUCGCUGAUGUCAAAGGACGAUGGUGUUACCAUAGCAAUAUUUCUGCUUGUUCAGGUUGUCAUGUUUUCUUAUCAUCGCUGGUGAUAUUUGAUAUUUUUCUAUUUCAUGUGGCUGGAUUCUUGUAACAUAACUAACUAGUAGAGUAGAUAUUUGAUGAAUAGAUAUUUUCUAAACCAGAUGGGGAUUGAAGAGCAUCCUAAAUUAUGUAUAGCAAGAUGUAGAUGCCAUCUAGCAUUUGUUUUGUUAUUUCUUUUUGUUUUUUUUUGUUUUGUUUUUUUUAUGUUUCCUUGGCUACUUUGAUCUAUGAAUACUUGUUCUGUGGUAGCAUACCGUACCUUUUUUCUUUUUUACACCCAACACUUUUUUUUGUUGUGCUAAAAAACAAAAAAAGCACAAAAAUGAAUGGUCUAUUUGGUUUUGUCUGCAACUAUUUGACAUUUUCACUGUUGUAUUGUCAGUUACAUUAGGGAUGGGUUUAAAUCGAUUGUUAAGUGUGGAGAGGAUUGUUGAUAAGUCGUGUUUUGAAGCAUUUAAGGCAAAAAACGGAGUGCACUGGGCGCUGUUGAUUCAGUCUCAACUCAUUUGCCGUCGAAAGAAGCGCAACUAUGGCAGCUAUGGGCAGUUGAGCUUCAUCCACACACGUGGCAUGAAUUUUCACAAUACAACUCUGUCGGCAAAAUGAGUUCAGAACAAUCCCAACAAAUAAAUAAUGCAGAAAAAAAAACAACUUUCCGUAAUCAACAAAGAAAUUCAGUCAAGUGCCCAUCCCUAAUGGACAUGCUUUCAGUUGCUAUCCAUACCCACUUCAGCUCAUUCCAAAUGUACACUAGAACAGAAGCCAAAAUCUUUGGGCGUUUCGGUUUGUGUAUUCCAGCAAGAAGUCCCUUCAUUUACGUCUUUUGAAGGGGGAAAAAAAAAAAAAAACGUUGGCGGAGUGUAGUAGGGGGGCGGACAAAGAAAGUGUGAUUAUUUCUGUAGUAUUUUACGACACCAAUCCAAGUGUGUCGGAGAGGUAGCAAAUUAGAAAAGACAUUAUUCACAGUAUCAUUUCCCAAAUCAGCCAAAGCCUGUUUUCAGCGAGAAACUGUGUGGUUGCACUUUGGAUGGGUUGCUCAUGAUAAAAUGGGGUUGGUGGCAAUAGCUGGUCCAUUGAAUGCCGGCGCCUUUACUUUGCCAUGCACACUGCAAGUAACAGAAUAAAGUGUAAAUACUUGAUGCUCACAACCAGCCUGUACAAUCAACACCUGAGCUUUUAGAACACGUCUUGAUUUUACUGCAGAUUAUAAUAGCCAUAUGCACUUGCGUAAGAAAUAUCUUUCAAGAUGAUACUUAUAUACAGUAUAUAUUUUUGAAAACGUGACAAGUAGCGAGCUGUGCCAUGUGCGUUUUAUUUGGCAGGGAAGUCAAGGCUUCAUUCGGGAUUGGCUGUGUGUGUGACAUGCGGUCAUUGCCCGAUUGCUUGUUCCUGGAUAGAUUGCGAUUGGCUGAAAACUUUUACAGACAUCAUCAAGGACCUAUGUCAUGGCAACAGCUCAACAAAAAAAAAAAAAAAUGAAUAUAAGGACCGGGGCUGCACAACUCCUCCAAAUCUCUGAGGUUUUAGCCAAGAAAACUGCACUGCCCAUCAUCGUUCCAUCACAUCCAAUCAGGCUGGUAACAAUGUUCCUUCUCCCCUCUGCUCUCUCCCUCUACCUCAGCCUCCUGCUUUCAUCAUCUCGAUUGGUUCCCCUUUUUGCACAUUAAAAUGCAAUGUCCACAUUGCCAAAUAGUAUGGGUUUGACGGAUGAGCUCUCCAGCCCUCAGAGUUGCAAGUGCAGUAACCCCCUCCUGUGGCGCCAAUCGGCAUUGCAGAGGUCCCUUCUGUGUCGUACCGGUGCGUGUGAGAGUAUCCAAGGGAGUGAGCUCUGUGUUUGUGCGUGCCUAUAGCUACACUGUAUGCAAGCUGAAUCUAAAAAAAAAAA